AUGAACUCGCACGAGGCUGAAUUCAGUCCACCGCCAACACCGGGCCCAAGCUCGUUUGCUCCACGACCGAUGCAAUCGAGCAAGCCUUCCAGGGCACCCGCGAGGGCACUCUCUCUACGCAUCCCCGAGGAUGGCCAGGCGUUUGGCGGUCUGGCCCAACCUCCGCUGCCUUCGGCUUUUCCGCGUUCACCUGUUUUGCCCACAUCUGCGCCUCACAUCACAUUGCAGUCAGCCAACAACCAAGCCGGUCCGAGCACGCUUGCGCCACCACCACAGUCCCGGCUCUCUCGCAAACGGCCGUCGAGGCUCAAUUUGGCGCCACCUUCUCAGUUCGACGAGUCUGGCCAGUCUUCACGAUCCAUGCCCAACUCGCCCGUCACGCUCUCUCGCUCCCCCUCCAAAGCAGAACAGACCGAAACCACAGCGCCACCUGCCUCGGCAAUAUCGGAAGCGGUCAAGCACCUCUCCAGCACGCUUCGAGGUACGCCGCGCAGGCGUCCGAGCAUGCCCUUCAAACCCGCAACCGCGCAAGAGACCGCCUAUCCCGAGCCUCCCAGCGCCGCAAGCUCGCGCAGCAGGCCGCCCGAAGCUUUUCGCGACCCCUCUGAACACAUCCUUAGCGGCAAAGGCAGCACCCUCCAGCAUGCAAGGAGCGUCUAUUCGCACGGCCCUGUCGAGGUGCUGCCAGGCUUGUUCUUGGGAGACGAGCACAACGCGCGUGACAGCGACACGCUCUCUGCACUGGGUAUCACCACCAUCCUCAACGUUGCAAAGGAGACGGCGCUCGAUUUUCAGUCGGAACGCGGUUCUUCAUCGGUAUAUCCAAGUGCGGCUCACCCGACCUGGUCCAACAGUGCGAUGAGCCGUCAACGCGGUGCAUCCGGCGCUGGCCACCAAGAGCCGCCGACGCCGAGCACCUACUUCACCCCUCCAGCAAGCGCUUCACUGUCGAGGCCCAAGGGGCCCGGCGAAGCCUCUUCGCCGCGCGAUGCGAUCAGCGUCUCGGUGCUGCGCAACACAUCCUCGACGCCCAAUCUGCUCACACAUUUCGUCAACGGAGAAUUCACCGGCACUCCCGAAUCAGCGGCACUGCACGGCACCGAAGCAGACUCAACUUCCACCUCGGAUCUUCGCACGCUCACGGCACAAGAUGUGUUGCGCUAUCGUUCGCUGCGACGCACCAGCGAUUCGUCCUCCGACGACGCCUUUGGCACCGCCUCGUCACCUUCCUCCUCGCGCGCUGCAAGCACCUGCACUUCGGCUGCUACCGAGCUUACUCCGCCAGCGCUCAUGCAGUUGAAACACAACGAGGACGCCGAAAUCAACGAUAAUGCUUCGUCUACCUAUGCAUUCGACGACGACUCGCAGAGCUCUCCGUGCGCGUGGUUCACAAAGGUCGAACUCCCCUCGAACGCCACAGCCAUCACCGUGCCCGCCAGCAUCGAGCAUGGUCGAGCGCAUCAGAUGCGAUACGUCAAGCUGCCUUGGACCCACGACGAAACCGAUCUCGCAUCCACCCGCGGUGGUUUCGCCCAAGGUAUCGCGCUCAUCGCCGAAGCGCUCGGCAUCGAUGAUCGCUUCUGGUACGCCGCUAAGAUAGCAGACGACGGCGACGCUUGUGCUGCGCUGCAAGACGACUUGGUGAGCUUGCAGCACAUCCAGACGGAUCCGUUGCCGGGCAAGAUCCUCGUCCACUGCCAAUGCGGUGUUAGCCGAAGUGCCACGCUGGUCAUCGCCUUUGUCAUGCAAGCAGCGGCCAUGCGGUACGGCUUCGAAGCGGCUCGCAGCUUGCUUGGCAUGCACGACUGCUACAACAUGGUCAAGGAAAUGUCGUCGAGCAUCUCGCCCAACAUUUCGCUCAUCUACCAGCUGGUCGAGUGGGAACGUUACUUGUCCAGUUCCGCCGGCCGACUGCGCGAUGCGCUCGGCAUGGGCAACAUGAGCAACGCUGGCGAGGUCGAAGGGUGCACCAACGCAAACGGGCAGUCGAGCCUGGUCGCAGCAGGCUGGUCGACCGAGCCCAUGGAUGAGGCUAUGUGGAGCAAGAUGCGCCUGGAAGAAGAAGAAAAGGAGGCAGUCGAGGAAGAGAGACGGCGACAAGAGCGUCUCGACGAGGCUAUGAGACUCGCAGCGGACAGACGCGCGGCACAGGAUCGACUGGAGGGACGCGUCCCCGUCGAGGGUGCCUCCGAAGGAGGUGAGACUGGUUCGGGUUCGCUCAUGCAGCGUCGAAGGAAGAACCGCGCACCCGCUCUGCAACUUCAGACAAGCGCCACUCCUUCUGUCCUUGGCGCUCCUCCAGCUGUCGCGCCGAUGCCAAGCCCCGGACUCCAGCGCCGCCGCCCUCCGGCAUUGCAACUCACUUCUGCUACGCGGGCGGGCGCUGGCGACGUCGGACGGUCGGAGGUCGAGACACCGUUCCAUACGGCUAGGUUGGAAGUCUGGUCUGGGCAUGAGCCGGACGCAGAUGGCGAUGUAGCGAUGAACGAGCCCGAGCCGCCUCAGACGCCCCUGCGCUCGUCGACAGCCGAUUACGACACUGCCAGCACGCCCACUGCUCGAACGACAGCAGCAGCGUACGGUGUGGACUCGACUUUUUCAGCGCUUCGCACUCCCAAUGCUUCCAGCGCCUGGGCGCCGUCGCCCAAGACAGGCGUCCAUGCGCCCUCGAAGGAAGACCUACAAUCUUCGAUGCCCAGCGCUGCGCUGCUGCCGGCGGCGGCCGCAACGAGGCGUGCGAGCACGCACGGCAGCAUACCAACCACGCUAGUAUCGCCAUCGUCGCCGGCCAUGGCACCGUCGCUCUCGACGGGCUCCAGACCGAACCGAUUCAGCUUCGGAGGUGCGCCGCUCAGCGGCAGCCUGGCAGCACGACUCGGAGGCGACGCGGAGCGCUCCCGAAGCAGACCAGACUCAAUGCAGAGCACCAUGUCGUCGUCCUCGUCCUCCACGGCGCUGUUUGGCGUCACUGCCCUAUCACGCGAGGAACGAAAGAAGCAGCACCGUCGAACGUUUUCGUCCGACUGGCCGACGCUGCAGGCCAACCUGCUGUCUCAGCGACGAAAGAGCAAAGUCGACAGCCUGCUCGCUCCGCCAGGCAUGGAAGCGGAUGCAGCGACGACCAACGCUGAGCACAACGACGCCAUGGACGUGUAA